UCGUCUGCACGUGGGAACAAGUGCACAUGUGCUCGUCCACCGUCAGCGUUGCGUCGCGACCACAAUGCCAGUGACUCAGUGAACACUCCAAGUACCGUUGCCAUGGUGAUGCGUGUUCGUUUGGACAGUAUUUUCUGACGCUGAACAUUUUAUCAGCAAUGCUGCCAGCCAUCGACGUAUCUGUCACCGACAAAUGACCUGCCACCAGAAGACCACGUCGAAGAUAUUCUGUCGUCGCGAAGUACCGUGAACCAAAGUGUCUUGCCGAACGUAAUGGCGCUCACUGAUUUUUAGCUUAUAAAAGGGAUUGAUAUUUUACGUUCAUUUACUGGUCUAAGUUAAAGUGGACACUCAAGAAAAGUUAAUUCUGCUGGAGACAUUACCGCUUCAGAUGACUAAUGACCUAGCUCGAUCUGUUCUUGCCUUGUUUCCUUUCCCAGCAAAAUUCUUGAUGUCUCUCAGAUUUCCAGUGACAUGGAGGAUUAAGAGAGGGCAUGACGUGAGCGUAUAAGUUCCGAAUACAAAGAAGGAACAUUACAUUUUAUACAGCGAAUAAUUUGACAACGUGUGACUUGUAUAAAAAGAAUCAGGCGAUGACAUCAAAUCGGUUCGCGUCGAAUGUGAGACGAAAGUUCAUUGAAACAUCAAUAAUGUCAUAAAAUUACUUUUCAACAUAUAAAGAGACAUUAUUCUUCCAGUGAAUGUUCACAAACAUCGGCCCGGAGUACAAACAAUGUAGUCUUUGAGGACGCUCCUACGUGCGAUACAGAGGAGUUCGUACAUUUUCCAAAUCAAGUAAGAGGUCUGAGUGCUGCGAAUUUACCCUGGGGGACUGGAGGCAGACUUUACAGAUUAGCAGCGAACUGCGAAGGACGUGCGACGGAUGGACGGACAUCAGUAGGAGGAUGCGGACGCUGAGGGCGGUGUCACUGCUAGCCCUUCUGCUGACCACCUGCUGGGUGGAUCAGGCCAACACGAUCCGCUGGCUAGCGCUGAGGAAGGCGAGUCUUCAGUGGAACGGGACGGGGGCGGUCGCGACGAUGUGUCGCAAGGCUCGGGUCCACUUCGGAUUGGUGCGACGCCAAACCAAGCUCUGUCGCACUGCCUCACAGGCCAUGCCUCACAUCGCGAGGGCUGCCGCGCAGACAGUGGCCACCUGCCAGAACGUGUUUGCGGACCGCAGAUGGAACUGCACGUCCAUCGAGGCGGCUCCCAACUUCACCCCCGACAUCACGACAGGUACCCGAGAGCAGGCCUACGUGUACGCCCUGAGUUCAGCGGCUGUGACGUACACGAUCGCGAGGGCGUGUUCUUCCGGUGCGCUGUUCCACUGCUCGUGCGCCUCUCCGCCUCGGGACCCCCCGAACGGGAACUUCAAAUGGGGCGGCUGCGGGGACAAUGUCCGGUGGGGCUCUCAGUUCGGGAAGCAGUUCACGGACUGCGCGGAGAAGCGGGGUGCCCGAACACAACCCAGACGGAAGGCGAGGUUCGUGACUGCAACGGAGCCAGGACGGCGGAGACGCGGCAGGAGAAGGAGAAAGGGCGGCGAGGGUCGGGAGGAGGACGACUCAAAGCCAGCGCCACCGAACUUCCACAACAACAGGGCUGGUCGCCGGGCGGUGGGGUCCAGUCUGGUGACGCAGUGCAAAUGCCACGGAGUGUCGGGAUCCUGCAACAUCAAGACCUGUUGGCGGGCCCUCCCCACACUUGCCGAGAUCGGCGAACGCCUGAAACGCAAGUUCGCGGUGGCAACCGAGGUUAUUAGCCGACGAGUGGGCGCGGGUCGCAAGUUGCUACCUGCCAGCUCGGCAAUGGGGCUCUAUAACGAAGACGACCUCAUCUACAUGACCAAGUCCCCCGAUUACUGCAUCAGAGACGCGCGCAUCGGCAGUCUGGGUACGAGAGGAAGGUUGUGCAAUACAACUUCGCAGGGGUACGACAGCUGCGAGGACAUGUGCUGCGGACGAGGCUACAGGACCAUCCGCGUCGAGAAAGUACAACGCUGCAAGUGCAAGUACCACUGGUGCUGUUACGUUCAGUGCGAGACGUGUCGAGCUUGGGUCGACACUCACGAAUGUAACUGA